GAAAACCUGAUGACUUGAAAUAAUUGUAAUUGAAAACCUGAUGCUAGUUCUACGUUUGGAGAGAUCUUUUUUAGCACUUAAGGUUCUCAGACUGAUCUUAAAAUGUUUUCCCAGUUGUGUUAAGAAUAUGAAUGUUUUAAAGAACUUCAACAUAAAAUCAAAGCAGACAUCAAUGAAGUGUGGCAAAUCAUGACAUCUGCUUUAAAUGUCCACUACCAUCCAUUCUGUUUUAAACAAGUUUACUUGCUUUAGACAAACUUAAGGAUUAAAAUAACCAAUAAAGGAUUAGACAGAUUUAGGCUAAGCUAUUUAAAGACAAAGCAAUGUUAAUUAAACUGACCUAAGUAAUUCAGAUUAACGAUGCUUCAGACACUAAAUGGAGAAAAAGAUGACAGAAGUCUGGCCAGAGACAAGAACCAUUUAAACAGCAGGUGACAUCUUGAUUAUUGCCCUCUACGCACUUCAAAUCAAGGCACAAUGAAAUACAGUUCACACGCACUGUAUCUAGCAUUAAACACAUCGAACCAGCUCCCUAGAAUCACGUCAAGAAAGUGAUGUUUUUGAUGUCUUGAGUUGAAAAGAUAGUUAUCUGGCAGGCCUGUGAGCAGAUUUGAUGAUCAUCCUCUACUGGGAGAGGGAAGAACAUGUCCAAAGCCAGGGUGGGUGGCACGGAGGAGGCAAGCCCCGAAAACGCCGAGAGGAAGGGCUCCGGUCGCCCCCGGGCCGGUGGGGAGAAUGUGUUUAUUGGUCAAUCCAAAAUCUACAGCUACCUGAAUCCUAACAAAACUCCUGGUGCUCGUUCUCCACUUCAAGAGGAAAACUCUGUCAUGUAUCACGAGGUGAAAUGUCAGGGCAAAACACUAAACGAAACCUACAGGAAAGGAGAUGAAAAAAGGAAUGGUGGCAAUGUAAUUGAAGGUGCUAUGAAACCAGAAGACCAGAAGGAUAAAGAAAGUGGGUGCAAUACAUUGGUGUCCUCCUCUGAUAAAAACCAAGAAACUGUAGAAACUCAAAAGACUCCUCUGCCUUCUGACUGUGUUGCUGAGGCCAAUGCAAAGCAAGCUCAGAAAAAGACAGUUAAAGCAAAACGUGGACCAAGGAGAAAAACACAAGGAAGACCACCAAAUCGAAAAGUGACAGAUUAUUACCCAGUUAGAAGAAGUUCCAGGAAGAGUAAAUCUGAAUUGGAGACUGAGGAGAGGAGGAAAAUAAAUGAGCUAAUUACAAGUGGGAAAGAAGAAGGAAUGAAGAUUGAUUACAUCGAUGGCAAAGGAAGAGGAGUAAUUGCUACUAAACAGUUUAAUCGAGGAGAAUUUGUAGUUGAAUAUCAUGGGGAUCUCAUAGAGAUCACUGAUGCUAAAAAGAGAGAAGCUGUUUAUGCUCAAGAUCCAUCCACUGGCUGCUAUAUGUACUAUUUUCAGUACCUCAGCAAAACGUACUGUGUUGAUGCUACAAAAGAAACUAAUCGUCUGGGAAGACUGAUUAAUCACAGCAAAUGUGGCAAUUGUCAGACUAAGCUUCAUGACAUUGAUGGUGUGCCUCAUCUCAUACUGAUAGCUUCCAGAGACAUUAAAGCAGGUGAAGAACUGUUGUACGACUAUGGAGACAGAAGCAAAGCAUCCAUUGCAGCUCAUCCGUGGCUGAAACACUAAUUCUUCUUGCUUUGGGUUUUUUGGUUGUUGUGGACUGAGUGCUCUACAAGGAGUCAGUGGACAUUUAUUCCUCCCCUGUCCUCACUUCCCUCAGCUUUUAGUGGACGGCUUAUGGUGUUCUGAGCUCCUUAAAAACUACCUUUUUGCUUUGCAAUAUUUAAAUACUUACGACAGUUUCCCAGGCAGGCUUGAAUAAUUCAUCUUAGAUUGCCAAAAUUUUUAUAAGAGGAAACCCUCCCUAAAAUUUGAAUACUUCUGCUUAGUGACCAGUGCCAGUCGAGCAUGAAGUCAAAGGCUUGCACAGAAACUUCAUCAGUUGAGUUGUGCUUCUGCUUUUGCAAUGAAAUCUCAUGCUCUGCUCUGUGGGGUGAUGAACUUGGCAUUAUCUUUAUGACAGCAGAUGUACUUCUGUGCUCUGACUUUACAUCCGAUGGCUUGACUGCUUGUCAGACUGCUCUUUACAACCCAGGGCUAAUAGGCUUCUCUGAGAUGGAUGCCACUAUUGGUCUCAAAUACUUUGUGACAGGAAUCCAGUUUUUCCAGUGUCGUGUCUCAUGUUGGCAGUGAACUUCAAAUGCACUGGUGCUGAGGGGAAAGAGAUGGUCAGAUUGGCUGCUUUCUUCAGAGCAAUGACUCCAAGGCAGAUGAGGAUGCAUUUUGAUAAACUGGGGUGAUACUGAUUAGGACUGUGAAGACAGAAGUUCACAAUGCGAAUCAGUGUUUGACAUUACAUAUUUUCUAGAAUAUAAGAUGGUACCUUUUUAUAGUUGAUGGCUGAUUCUUGGAGGUGUCUCCCAGAGGAUUUUAAAGGAGUAUAAGAAAAG